AUGGAAAUGGAGAUGGAAAAGGGUGUGAAGAGAUGGUUGGUCAACAUAUCACAGUGGAAUCCCACACCCAAUGAAUUCUACAUCGCCAUGUCUGUUUUACCUCAAGAACAACACUCCUCUGUCACCAGGUUUAUGAAAACUGAAGACCAAAAGAGGGCACUUGUGAGCCGGCUGUUGCAGUAUGCACUUGUGCAUGAGGUUCUAGAGAUUCCAUUUGAAGAGAUUAUCAUCAUUCGAACUCCUGAAGGCAAGCCGUAUCUGGAAAGCCAUAAGAACAGUAUGAAAUUUCCAAAUUUCAACUUUAAUGUAUCUCAUCAUGGUGACUAUGUGGCGAUAGCCUCUGAGCCCAUUUGCCUUGUGGGUUUAGACAUUGUAUGUUGCGUCAAUCCUGGGAAAGAAACGGUUUCAGAGUUCAUUCACAAUUUCUCAUCAUACUUUUCAAGUUCAGAAUGGGAAAAGAUUGUCAAUGCUGGUUCUGAUGAUCAUGUCCUGGACGUUUUUUUCAGGAAUUGGUGUUUGAAGGAAGCAUUCGUGAAGGCCUUAGGAACAGGAGUUGGGUAUAAAUUAGAUUAUGUGGAGUUUCAACACAAAGAUUGGGCUGAUAUAUAUGUCAAAGUAGAUGGAGAUACAUUGAAGGACUGGAAUUUCUGGCUUUUUGAACUUCAAGGGAGACAUCGGGUUGCGGUUGCUAGGGGUCACCCAAGAAUGGCCUCUGAAAGUUACAAGAAAACUCUCAAACAGACUCAUUUUGACAAUGAUCUUUACAAACUAGGUUUCCAUUUACCAAAUCCAAGGUUUCUUACAAGAACAGUUGAAGAACUUUGUGCCCUUUUCCCUUUAUGUUCAUACAAAACUUCAUUUUGA